ACGAGAAAACGUCAGGAGCCGCUGUCAGAAUAAAUUAUUACAUUUUGUCAACAGACUUUCUGGAAGUUUCAAGAUGCCUGGAGGAAGAUUCUCGUCAGCAAUGUCGUCUGGGCCAGCGGUGGCUCUUACGAAAUCCAUCUUAACAAUAUUCAACUUCAUAUUCUGGAUCUCUGGGAUAGCCAUCCUGGCAGUGGGGAUCUGGGCGAAGGUCCAGCUCUAUAUCUACAUGGAGCUGUCCACCGUCUACUACAAAGAGGCCCCUUACAUUCUCAUUGGAGUUGGGGCUGUUAUCGUGCUUGUUGGCUCUUUUGGAUGCUGCUGCACAUUUAAAGGCAAUGCCUGUCUCCUCUACAUGUACUCUGUCUUCCUCGUCCUGGUGUUCAUUGUUGAACUCAGCACCGGAGCAGCUGGCUUUAUAUACAAGAAAAAGUUGAGCAGUGGUUUCGAGGAUGGGUUGGCCAUUGCAUUGAACCACUAUGACUCGGAUAAAGGCAAAACAGAGGCACUGGAUGGCCUGCAACACAAUCUGCACUGCUGUGGCCGACACAAGUACCAGGACUGGUUUACAACACCAUGGGAGGAGAAACAGAAGAAAGUGAAUGUCACAAACAUCGUGCCGAAAUCCUGUUGCCGCGGCAAACAGGCUGAAUGCAAGAACACCAACCUCCCUGGCAACGCAACCACUAAUUCAACCCUGGAUAUCUACACUGAGGGUUGUUACACGAAGGUGACCAGCUUCAUGGAGAAGAACAUGGCUUUGAUCGGAGGUGUGGCCCUCGGCAUCUCCUUCUUCCAGCUUUUCGGCGCCCUGCUGGCCUGCUGUCUCGCAAAGAACAUCAACAAAGCCAAGUAUGAGCAGGUGCAGUAAUGGGGAACACAACUCUGUAACCGAUCUGCCAAGGGAGACAAUCUCUGCAUAAUAUCAAAGGGAGGCAAUGUGCAAAGAAAAUAACUACUGCAAGUUUUGGAUAAGUGUUUUGCUUUAAAUAGUUCAUAUUGUUGUUGCUUUGGUCAUUGUUAUUAAGUUUGAAUGAUAAAUGUGCAUCAAACUGUGAAAAACAUUUUUAUAUUGAAAUGAUAACAAUAAUUUCUUAGAACUAAAAGUAAGAAAAUUUAUUCUUCACAUUCCUUUUUAUGUUCAAAAGAUUACUUGUGCACCUGUUUACCAAAGUCUAUGAAGAUCAGUUAAAACUUCCUUUUUAUGUUUGAGAGAUUUCUUGAGAACCUGUUUACCAAAGUCUAUGAAGAUCAGUUAAAACUUCCUUUUUAUGUUUGAGAGAUUUCUUGAGAACCUGUUUACCAAAGUCUAUGAAGAUCAGUUAAAACUUCCUUUUUAUGUUUGAGAGAUUUCUUGAGAACCUGUUUACCAAAGUCUAUGAAGAUCAGUUAAAACUUUUUCUUCAUAUAAGAAACAUUUAUAUUUACAAACUGUGUUAUUGUCCUGCUCAGAUUAUUCUUAUUAUAAAUGUUCUUCCUAUACAUUGUUACUGCAUACAUUUCUCAUGUAUUUUAUUAUAUUUACUAGCAUGGUGAUCUGAACUUGUAGUUAUAUGGUGGAAAGAUAUAUUUAAUAUUUAUCCAGUAGUGUUUUUUGCACAGUAUUAAUCAUUCAUUACUGAUUUGUUAUUUUCUUUCUAGUCUUUUAUUCACACAGCAUCUGUUUCCACCUUCUGCUGUUGGUGUAAUUAUGUUGUCCAUAGAAAGGUGAAUAAUUCAUAUAGAUUUACACUAUUUCAUUCAUAUACAUGUCUCAUAUGUAGGUAUGUCCAUGCCAACUUCAUUCUAGGUUUAGCAUCCAAUUUCGAAACUUAUCUACAGUUUAGCAGAAAAAUACCACAAAGUGUCAUGUAACAAAUCUUAUUUUCUGUACAAGAACAUAAAAUGCCUAUGAUAGCUGAUUUCACACAUAAAAAAAUAAAGAAAGCUUUAUAUACAUUGACAAGUCCAGACAUCCAUAACAAUGAUCUUAUCGCUGUAUAUGAUAUAUUUCUUGACUAAAAAACAUUCCGUAUUAAAUAUUAAACACUAUGGAAUCAUAUUUAUUCACAUACCCAGUAAUUUAGAUUUUGGUAGAGGUUGUGAACGCUGCAAACUUCACCAACCUAUGAUGCUCAACUUAGAAUUAACCUGGCAUGGCUUAACCUGAAGAUACUUGAUGUAUGUUGUAUAUGUUCAUUUAUUGUAUAUUGAUGAGUGUAAACUCAUGAGUAAUGCUACUCUUCAAAGUCACUCCAACUGUAUGAUUAUACCAUAUUUGUGCUAAUAGACGCCCUCAUGGGAAUUUCAGUUUUCAGACUCUAGCACUUUAAGUAUAAACCAAAUUGGGGAGCUAAGAUUUGUACACUAGGGUGAAGGUUUAUAGAAAUAGAGUCAGCAGGUGCCAUGUCACAAAAUGGUACCUGAAAGAUCAUUGUACAGUUCCAAAUAGAUCCUUUUACAGUUCCCAAUAGAUCUUUGUGCAGUGCCCAAAAUAUCCUUGUACAGUUCUUGAAAGAUCCUUGUACAGUGCCCGAAAGAUACUUGUACAGUGCCCGAUAUCUCCUUGUACAGUGCCAAAUAGAUCCUUGUACAUUGCUUGAAAGAUCCUUAUACAGUGUCCAUAAGAUCCUUGUACAGUACCCAAAAGAUCCUUGUACAGUACCCAAAAGAUUCUUGUACAGUACCCAAAAGAUUCUUGUACAGUUCUUGAAAGAUCCUUAUACAGUGUCCAUAAGAUCCUUGUACAGUACCCAAAAGAUCCUUGUACAGUUCCUGAUAGAUCCUUAUACAGUGCCCAAAAGAUCCUUGUACAGUUCUUGGAAGAUCCUUAUACAGUGCCCAAAAGAUCCUUGUACAGUUCUUGGAAGAUCCUUGUACAGUUCUUGGAAGAUCCUUGUACAGUGCCCAAAAGAUCCUUGUACAGUGCCCAAAAGAUCCUUGUACACUUCUUGGAAGAUCCUUGUACAGUUCUUGAAAGAUCCUUGUACAGUGCCCAAUAGAUCCUUGUACAGUGCCCGUAAGAUCCUUGUACAGUUCCAAAAAGAUCCUUGUACAGUUCCCGAUAGAUCCGUAUACAGUUCUUCGUAAGAUCCUUCAGUUCCCAAUAGAUCCUUGUACAGUGAAAUUAAGUCGUUUGAAAUAACUUUUUUUUAUUUAAUGUAAAGCUAAUUGCUGGCAAAGGUCCUCUGUUCAUGGAUUAGGGCAUGUCACAUGAUGCGUGUCUGUUAGAACAAAUAAGGUAUUUUGUAGUGAUGUUCCGAUGAUCGAUUAUAAUCGAAAAUCGAUUGGUUGGGCCUGAAAUCGGCGACAAUCGAUAGUAUUUAGUUAUAAUCGAUUAUCGAAAAGAAAAAAAAAUAUAUAUAUUAGUAAGUGUUCAGAUGUUAUCUUUAACAAAAUGGCUGAUGAAAGCCACAAUGAGCAAGAAAAUGAACUAUUUUUAUACAACAACCCUUAAUAACUUCAGUCAUAGACAUAAGGUAUGUGCAUAUAAUGAUUAAGAGUUUAAUACUGUACAUGAAUAAAACUACAACUCGGGUACUAUCUAGUAUUUUAAAAACCGAUUGUACUAUCGAUAAUCGGUUACUUGAAUGGAACCGAUUAUCGAUAGUAAAAUUGCAACCGAUUCCCAACACUAGUAUUUUGUAACAUUCUGUUGUGAUGAUUUGGUCUGAACUUUUUCACAAUGAAACCUAAAUCAGAAAAAAAACAUUAUGUUACAUGUAGAACAAUAUAGUUCAAUUUUAAAAACCUUAUACAAAAGAUUGAAAUUCAUUUGAUUUCAUACAGGCAAUGGCUUAACUUGAGCAGAGUAUACAUCACCAUUGUUUAGUGAUUCAAAACCUAGAAACGAUAUGUUCAUUUCCAAACAGUAGUAUUAUAACUUGUUUAUCAGUAUGCGUUUCUCUAAAUUAAGCAUAAUAAUUUUUGAGAUCUGAUUAUUUGUUUAUGUUUUACAUUUCUUUUUGUGUAUUUAUGAAACAUUGUGUAUUUGAUGUUUGAAUAUAACCAGAUUUUGUGUGCAGAAAGUGAUCUGUUGGAUAAAUUCCAUUGUGUUAUUUUGAAUCUCAUGAUUCCAAUAUAUUUUAUACUUAUUGGUAGACAAGUAUAUUUUUUCUUCCCAAAAAUGAAUAUUACAUGUACUAAUUGUAUCCAAAACUGCUAAAUCCUUGAAAUGGGAAACCAUAUUGAAUUAAAUAAAAAUAUUAUUGUUAUUAUUUCUUAUACAUGUACGAGUAUGUUUGUUGUCUGUGAUAUUUAACACAAUUAUAUAUUUUUUUCCUCUCUUUUAUGUCAAAUAUUCUGCUAAUCUGUUAACUAUUCUCGUUUGCAAUACAAUUUAUUUCUACAAUGAUUUACUAUAAUACUGUUACUGAUGCUAGAAGUGUGAUUGUUUUAUGAAAUAAUGUGUUACAGUUUUCCAAAUCUACAAGUCUGAUAUAUAUUUGUUCAUCUCAUAGAAACGUUAACUCACUUUCUUUCAUGUUAGAGAGGAUAGGGUGUGCUUCUUAUAUGUGUAUUUGUAAACUAGAUUUUGAGUGUUGUACAUUAGUUUAAAGAGACACUCUUUCUCUGAAAUAAGAAUUACCGCAAUUAAUGCAAUUGUUUUAAUUUACCAAAAAGGAUGAAUAAAUGUUGAAAACAAUGGUUCUUAUGGACUUUAAUUUGAAAGAAAGAUGCAGAAAACAUGGCAUUUUUACCUUAUGAGACGAUAGAAGAUCACAGUAUAUCUUUUAGCACUAGCCAAUCAUUUAAUAUUUUAGCAUUUUCAGCUAUUAAAACGUGGUUACAAAUUGUUAGUAGAAAUUCUUUUUUCCAUAAAUGCAUAAUUAGCAAGUAGUUAAAGGUUAAUAACUAAAAAUUUAUGUUUAUUAUACAUGUGUAUUUAUUGGUUUUGAAUAAGAGUGUCUCUUAAAAGCUGGUAAUUGCUCUCUAGGACAAUUUGUGAACUAUAUCGUACCAGUUUGAGUGUGCACCAGCAAAAUGAAUGAUAAUGAAAACUUUUAAAAUAAUCACUAGGGAAGCACUUUUUAUGCAAUUUCCGUGAACUAUUUAUUUGGCUAGAGCUCAUUAACCCUUUACUUCAUAGAUACGCAAUUUUACUUAUCUAUCCAUAGCUUCAUAGAUACGGAUCUUAACGUUUUAUCCAUAGCUUCAUAGAUACGUAAUCCUACGUAUUCGUAAUGUAGGGGCAUUUAUUUUCAUACCUGAUGCUUGUUUAUGCGCUAUAAAUUCAUAUUCAUGAAGUAUAAACAUCGAUAAAUACAAUGCACUAAAAAAAACACUAUGUUACUAUUUAAAGAAUUUCGGAAAAUCGCGAAAUAAGGUCACUGGUAUCAAAGAUGCGUAAAACGUUGACUGCGCAGGUUUGUGGGCAUUUCUGUCUCGUUUUCCUCGUGGAAAUUUACACAAUACUGCAAGUUAUAAUUAACUACCAAUAAUACAACUAUAUUUUAUUGAUCACGCGCCUGACGUCACAGGUCAUGGUUCGAAAACGUGUCAAAAUGUCGGCCAUGUUGGAUAAACAAAAAAUCAUCUGGCUUGUAUAAACAAAGGCCAUAAAUCAUUAUAUGGGACAUAUGUGUCACUUCUGUUUCGCUAAUCCGGUCAUAAAAAUGCGCAUCUGCUUCUACAAAUUGAAAGUAAGUACAAAUGUGUUAUAAAAUAAUGACUAUCCCUAUUGUUAAACUUUGACAUGACCCAAUUUAACAUCGAUCAGCUGUUGAAACACGUGUUUUCGAAUACACAAGAAUGCAAUGUAGAGCUAAUUUCUGCCCUUGUUAACUUCAGUUUUAAACAACAUUCCUGAAUAAUGUCAUUUAUAUUUCAGUGUUUGUCUGACGAAUCGGAACAGUCUGGCUUCAAUUAAAAUGAGUUUGAGACAUUGAGUACGACGUCGAGAAUUCAGACCUCGGCGUCACGCACACAAGGAUACGAGAAAUGAGGAUUUUUAAAAUCAAACCCAAAUGACAAUACAUGGACAUGCAAUAAACGAUAUAAAUUUAGUAAACAAUAACAUGCAGGCCUCAUUUAGUAGUUGAAUAAUAACUUUAUUUGUUCAUUGUAGUGUUAAAUAACCGAAAGUUAUACGUACUGUGACUGUUGAUCAACUUUUUUUUUCUUCUGUAUCAUAUAUAUAAAUAUACCGUGCUUCUUUGUUGUGAACUAUUUUUUAAUUCUGUCCAUCUUUGUUUCAAUUCAGGUUGCAUUAAAUGAAUUAUAAAAAUAUGUUGUUUAUAUAAUAUUUCGUGUUGUGUUUGAUAAAUAAAAGUGUAAUAAAAAUUAAUUUUCAUCAAAUUUGACAUAUUUUUCUGUUUGUUUAUGAAUAUCAUGCGGAAAUAAUUUAGAUAACAAAAUAAAAUUUAUAUGACUGGAUUGGAAAUUUAAUUCUCUAUAAACUUUACAUUGAUGACUUAUUGAUUAAACCAAAAGAAAUACUAAGAAAAUAGGUUUGUAAUACAUUAGGGUUAAAAUUCCAAUAAUAUCAAUAAUCUCCUAUGAAGUAGGGGUACUGAUAUGAACUGAUAAGCCAUGAACUGGCAGCCUGAAAUGGCUUAGGUUUACAUGAAGUAAAGGGUUAAACAAGUUUCUUUAAAUUCAAUAAUAGACUGACUUAUUGGCAAACCUCUCUCUACAUGUUAGCUGCACUCAAUAUUGUAUUUCUCCAAUUCCUUCACUAUUUUAUUCCUAUUUAUUAUAUAUGAAGGACUCAAGAUGAGGUUUAUUAGGUGGUUUUAUAAGGCAGUGCAAUAGAAGAUUGAAACUUACCCAGAUAGCUUGGAAAUUGUAAUGAUUGUGCUUGUUUGCUCAAGUGCACAGCGAAAUGGAAAAACGAUGAAAAUGUUUUGACAACAGUAAUUCAGAAUGGAAGAGUUCUUCUCUAAGUCUUUAUUGCUUAUAGUGUUUCAUUCACACAAUGGGCAUCUGGCCCCACUUCAUUGAACAAUUCUAAUAUUUUCCUUUUAACAGGAUCAAGCUUAGCACAGUAUUUUUAUAACAUUACAAAUUGUGUUAAAUACCCAUUUUUUAGACAAUUGUCUUAAUGAUUUAAAAUAAUAAACUAGUAAGUAAUUUGGCUAAUUAAAAUAUUAUACUUAAUCAUGUAAUAAUAAAAAAAAGUAGAAAUUUGUAAGUAGAAAUUAAAGUUAAUAAGUAGUAUUUACUGUAGAACUGUGCUCAUUUGAAUUCAACUAUUUUGAUUAACAAGUGCAAUUGUGCUAGAAAAUAACCUUACUCAUUAGUAUUGUUAUAGGCUUUUCUUUUCUGUUCUUCAAAUAAAAUGUUAUUCUCUG